AGACCAUGAGCGCCCACGAGCACAACCACUCAUUAGACUACUUCAAUGGCACGCCGUGGUUUGUCUACGAGUGCACCAUCGAACUGGAUUCGAACUACCGGCGCAUCGCCCUCUUCCUGCUCUACCUAUUCGUCUUCAUGGUGGGCCUGCUGGAGAACAUGCUGGUCCUCUGGGUCAACUGGCGCCGACGCCACACGGCCAACGGGGUUCUCUUCUGCAUCAUCAACGUGACGCUGUCGGACCUGAUGGUGAUUGUGAUCCUGCCUUUCUUCAUGAUGGAGGUGACCAUGGACAAGGUUUGGCUGUGGGGCCGCUUCCUCUGCAAGGUCACCAACCUCAUCUACGUGGUCAACUUCUACAGCAGCUCCUUCUUCCUGGCCUUCAUGACCCUGGAGCGCUACCUGUCCCUGACCAGACCCUCGUUCCCGGCCUUCUUCCCCGUGGUGGGCCGGCGUCGCUGGGUGCUCUGCGGAGGCCUGUGGAUGUUCUCCUUGUUCCUGGCUUUGAUGGAGAAUGUCCACGUGGAUCUUCUAGAGUGGGACGAGCCAGGCUGCUACAUGAUGCCCGAGUACAACUACAUCGAAUGGUUUGUGUCUGUGUCUUUCCUCUGCCUGCUCUUCCAGUUCCUGGGCCCCGCUGCCGUCAUCAUCACCUGCAACGUGCUGAUCGCUCGUGCGGUUAAAACUGCGCCGGAUGUGCAGGGCCGGCGGGACGUGUGGCUGGUGCACGUGUACUCCCUGGUGUUUGUCUUGUGCUGGCUGCCCUACCACAUGAUCAUGUUCCUGAUGAUCAUAGACGACCUGGACUCUUUCCUCUUCAGCUGCAACACAGUGGAGGUCCUGUACUUCUCCUUCAGCGUGGUGCAGGGUCUGUCUCUCUUCCACUGCGUCGCCAACCCAAUCCUCUACAACUUCCUCAGCAAGAGCUUCCGCAGCAACCUGAUCAACACUGUGGUGAACUACGUACCCAGAGAGGGGACAGCGGACCAGGCGGGACCUGGGACCCAGCCCGGCGCUCCCAAUGGAGGCGACCCGGGGAAGCAACGCAAGUUAAGUAACGCCAGCACCAGCCAGUCUGACAUCGGCUCAUAAGAGAGAGAAACUGAGCUAGGAAGAGUUUGGCAGAACUGAAUCCAGUCGUGGUGCUUCAUAGAUUGUGCAACGUAUCAUCUCACAGACUCAAUGCGCCGUUUGUUACAUAACAGACGGGCUCACCAGCACCUUCCUCUAAUAAUCCACUUCCUGUUUUUUUUUAGCAUAUAUCUGAUCAGUUUUAAACGAAGGAAGGCAGGAAAUCUUUGAUGUUUUUUUUCCCCUCAAAGCAGCUCAACUCCCACAGGAACUCCCAGCAACCUCUAACACGAUGGCACCGGGGAAUAAUGGCACUUCUCCAGGAAUGUGUGUAAACAUCUGUGCUGUCCAGUGCCAGAGAUAAGAGCAGUCCUCAGAACGCAAAUAUGAUAAUGUAACUGAAUAGACGAGUGUUUUAUUUCAUCAUAAAUCUAAUCACAAAUGCUUACUCAUCAGUUUCUGGAUGCUGCCUGGCCUACGUGUGCUGUAACAUGGUCCCCUGUGCAAAUGCAAUAAAACUUUUUCAUCAAA